CGCUCAAUCGAACCUCCAGUUUGCACAUCGCCCCCUGGUGGCAGAGAGACGCUCUAGGCGCGGAACCAGUUGAGGAACUGGAGGCUCAGAGAACAAAAAGGACUUGGUCAUGGUCUUACACUGAGUUGGUGCCAGUCAGAAUUUGAACGCAGGUGUCCUGACUCCCACUCUAGGACUCCUUCCACUUCACCAGGCAGGCUGUGAAGUCAGUCAAUGUUUGAAACACUUUCAUCACUUCAUUAAGGAGAUCAUCAUCAUGAUUCGAGUGUGCAAGAUAUUUCGUGAAGGCCUUCGUGGAUUCCGGGAGUGUGAGAUCAAGCAGACCGUAGAUGAAAGGAACCCCAUCUUCUCUGCAUGGGAUAAAAGGAAGCAGACCAAACUGACCUUCAACUAUAGCGACUUCUUCUUCGAGCAGGGACACUUCCCUCAAAGAGCUAUUCAAAUUACUCAGAAGAGGCCAGAGUGGAGAGACAAAAAAGAGGUCCGCAACCUCUGCAAGUUUCUGCAGGUGUUGGAAAGCUUCUGGAAUUACAGCCCGCAGAUCCAGCUGCUGCUGGCCAAAGUCAUCCGCUACGAACGGUUUGGCCGCAGGCGUGUGAUCUUUAAGAAGGGGCAUAAGGGCAACAGUUUCUACUUCAUCUACUUGGGGACGGUUGCUAUGACUGCAGAUGAAGAUGGGAGCAGUGCCUUCCUAGAUGCACACCCGGACUUGCUCUACAAGGGCUCAUCUUUUGGGGAGAUGGCUUUGUUGACUGGAGCUGAGAGGAUCGCCACUGUGGUCUGUAUGGAAGACACUGAAUUACUGGUUGUGGACAAGGAGGAUUUAUUUGGUAAUAUGGUGGAUGAGGAGAUGAAGAAGGAAUUUCAAACUCGGUUUAAUUUCUUCAGGGAACAUUAUCUCUUUAAGACAUGGUCUUAUGAGACCCUCUUAAAAGCGGCAAGUAAUUGCAAAGUGGAGAAGUUCUCAUUUGGGCAGCUGAUAGCUCGGAAUGUGACGGAUUCUGGCUUUAUUAUGUUUGUCACAGAGGGCCUGUGUGAUGUCAUCCGGCUGUUGGACCUUUCGACUUGCCGCUCCUAUUACAAGUGGGUAUGGCAGCUGCUGACACCAUUGGAACACAGCCUUCUGGACACUCGGAAAUUUGAAAGCUCUCCCCGGAAAAGAUUUAAAGAUUUUCAGCUCAAAUCCUACCCAGUAAUGGACUUCAGUAAUCUGAAAAUGGCACAUCUGGAGAAGAUUAGGCAGGAAGAAAAAUCUUACAGCUCCACAGACGAUCAACACAAUCCAAAUGGCUUCAAAUCCUUGAAAUCACAGAACAAACGCUUCAGGAUUGGCUCUAGCUCUUGUCCCAUCUCUUUCCCCGUGGUGAUGACGAAGUUCGGACCACUCCCAAAGGAUGCUGUGGCAGGCGUCUAUGUGAAGGUUCACCGCCUGGAGCCAGGCGACGUUCUGGGCCUGCACCAACGCUUCAUGCCUGACAAUUUACAGGAUAAGCGAAAUAUGAUCUUGGUGAGCCGAGGAGCCACACUUAUUCGCAUGAAAAAGGACAUAUUUGAUGGAUUCAUGGAUGCUGAGACCAAAGGAAAAGUGAAAGAAUUGCAGAUUGCCUACCCCAGUGACGAUACUAUAUGCCAGAAGAUCUUGAGGGAAAAUUCAUGGAACAUUUUCCGGAAGGAUCUACUGAAACUCUUGACAAAAUUUCCUCCCUAUGAGAUGUUCACUGCAUUCCGGACCCAAAAAAAGUGCCUCUAUUCACCUCUCUCUAGGGUUCUGGACCUGAAGAGUUUAGGGAAGGAACCAAAGGUCUCAUACCCUAUCUUUAAUUCGAAAGAAGAUCCUGUUCCAAAAAAGAUUCUUCCCCCUCUGAGAGUGGUGGACAGCAUCUCUGCUCCCAGGUACCGACUUAAGGAACUCAUGCCUAUGUAUAAGAGUCCUGGUGUUCUCCUCUGAAGCUAAGGAGAAGAGAUCAAGAUAGCAGCAGCAUUGCUGAAGGCGGGCGCCAAGGCCCUCUGCAUGGGCUUCCACAAGCAGGAGGUCUGAAAAGGCCAAGGAGACUUGUGCUGUUGAACCAAACAAGUAUUGGGUGUUGGCCAGCACAAGGAUUCAUAACUGUUGUCAUGUGUCUUUCUUCAAUUAUCAGAGCCAGGGUAUAAAAAAAGGGCCUGGCCUCUAGUUUACUCUUAGUUGGAAAUUCUCCAGUGCCUUUAUGAAGUUUUCAUGCCUGGUUUUGUAGCAGACAGAAGUUGAAGAGGAAGGAAAAGAAAUGGCCUUGGCUUCGGAAGAGAUCUUGGACGUCCAAUGUUGAGAGGCAGAGCCAGGAUUGGAAACCAGGUCUUCCAAUUCCCAAACCAGUUCCUCUUCCUUGUGGGAGAUCCCUUCUGCACACUGACACAGAAGGGAAAAAAAAGGAAAGAUAAUAGAGGCAAAAGAGGGUGUUGUUAGGGAAUGUUUCUUACCCCAAAGCUGCUUGACUUUUUCUCUAAAAUGGGGGACAUAGGGGCAGCUAUGUGGCACAGUGGAUAGAGCACCAGCCCUGAAGU